CACAGAAUAAUUGGCAAGUCUGAUGUAGACGUGGCGCUUGAUCCGUCAUUUUCAGCUCAUAUAUUAGCCGUGCCGUUGGCUGGCUGCUUCAGAAUUCCAAUGGAUUCGGCAGAGUCGUAUAAGAAACGGAUGCAAGGAGAGGAUAGCGAUCUCGAUGAUGAUGAACGUUCCUUGCCCGACGAAGACCGCGCCCUCUACGAGUGCGAAGUUGCCAAGAGCGAGGGCUUUGAUAUUCCCAAAAUCCGUGACGGCCCCAUGUUCAAUUUGAUUCAACCACGCGACCUCAACCGCUCCGAUGAAUACAAAGAAUAUGCGCAGCUUGCAAUUGACGAAUACAAUCGUCGCUUCUCGGAGACAAAUGCAAAGCUGGAGCUUGUUAAGGUUUCAAAAGCAAUGGCUCACCUUUUUGAUAUAAUGAGGUAUUAUAUAACCUUCGAGGCCAAGGACUUUGCCGAUGGAGGUAAGACUAAGACCUACCAAAUUGUUGUGCGAGACGCUAUGCGUAAAAUUUCAGUGCUGUCUUUCAGGCUAAAACCUGCUGAGGAUGAGCAAGGUUCAGGAAACCAUGGGAAAGAAUGGAUUUGGGAAGGCCAUCUCUUCUAUGGUCAUUUAGUUGCUUGAUGUUCAGAAGGUAUUCAGCGGUGACAUGCUUAUGGAUUGGAGUUUACGGAGGUUGUCCUAAUGGAAGAAUAUUACUUUGGUUUUAUUCGGUUUUUGUGAUGUUUCAACUUUCCCCGAUUUACUUUAGAAUUUUGUUUCAGAAUUGUUUUAAUUUUACCUAUGGAUGGCUACGAUGUUUUCAUUUAUGUUCGACAUUAAGGGGUUGUUUGUUUA